AACGCAAAAGCGAACCCCAAAAUGGCCAAAUUCAGUGGGAAAAAAUGUCGCCUCUUGACGGUGAUGUCGUUGACGGUGUUUUUCUUCUUUGUCGAAAUCGUCGUCGGCUAUCUGACGAACUCGAUGGCCCUGGUGGCCGACAGUUUUCACAUGCUGGGUGAUAUAGCGGCGCUAGUGAUUUCCUUCCUUUCGAUUAAGAUGUCACCAAAGAAGUGGUCGAAAAACACAUUCGGUUGGGCACGGGCGGAAGUGCUCGGUGCGCUGGUGAAUGCAGUAUUCUUAGUGGCACUUUGCUUCAGUAUUACUAUCGAGGCGUGUAAGAGAUUCAUCGAGGUGGAACAUAUCCACGAGCCCGAGCUGCUGAUUGCGGUCGGUGUGAUUGGACUGUUGGUGAAUCUGCUCGGCCUUUGCCUAUUGCACAAGCACGGGGGAGGACACAUUGGACAUUCGCACGGUGGUGGACUGUCGCAGGCAAAGCAGAUAAGCGGUUCGCAUGGUAACCUGGGCAAUACGGACGACAACGAAGACAAAUCAUUCAUGUAUCAGCAGAAUGGUACGGCGGCGAAAAAACCAUCCCACCAUGGCCAUUCGCACGAUUCCUCGCAGAUGAAUAUGCGUGGCGCUUUCCUGCACGUGCUAAGCGAUGCACUCGGCAGCGUGGUCGUGAUCAUCAGUGCGUUGAUUGUUAAAUUCACCGACUGGAAGUACAAACUGUACAUGGAUCCGGCCCUAUCGGUGCUGCUGGUAGCGCUGAUCCUGAACUCCGUGUGGCCUUUGCUGCGUGAAUCGGCGCUCAUACUGCUGCAAACCGUCCCGACGCACAUACAGGUCGAUGCGAUACAGCGCCGGCUGCUCGAAAAGGUGGACGGUGUGCUGGCGGUGCACGAGUUCCACGUGUGGCAGCUGGCCGGUGAUCGGAUCAUUGCGUCGGCACACAUCCGGUGCCGCAAUCUGUCCGAGUACAUGAAGAUUGCCGAACGGGUGAAAGAAUUCUUCCACAAUGAGGGCAUCCACUCGACCACGAUACAACCGGAGUUUGUUGAGAUCGAGGCACUUAAUAGCUAUUCAGGUUCGGACGGGUUUUCAAACAGCUUGAAUGGCAGUGCAACACAGGACUGUUGUGCCCUAGACUGUCCAACGACGGAUGAAAGUAGUUGUAUCAAAGCUACAUGCUGCCAAAACAACAAUAACAUUAAGAAUCAACCAUCAUCACCGACACCCUCGCCCUUCUUAUGCCGCCAAAGAAGUUCCAGAAGCGGGAACGAUGUAGAAUCUGGUUCUCUGCUUGAUCAGCACAAUCGAACAGCAUCGAACGACGAUGCGCUGCCAAAAAUUACUGUCUGACAGACAAAUCCCUUAAACAGUACCAACCCUAAGGCCCAUCUAUCAUCAUCCAUCGGAACGCGCGGCACCG